GGGCAGAGUAGAGUAGCAGGAGACGCUCCGCGUCCGGGAAGUCCAGUCGAGAGCAUCUCAACUAGCAGCAAAGCCUGAAAUAUUUCACCAGUCGAACAUGAACCAGUAGGCCCUAACUUCUCCUAAAACCUACCUCCAGUUUAGCUCACGGUACAUGUCCUUAACUCAACUUUAAGCGAACAGCAUGAGGUGAGCCUGGACGAAACUACUGAAUGAAAGCUUGGCUCGUGAGGCAUUAGCGGUGCUUCGUGCCGGGGAACAGAAGUCGGAACAUGGCUGACCGGACUGCGCCGAACUGCCACCUCCGUCUCGAGUGGGUCUACGGCUACCGGGGCCACCAGUGUCGGAACAACCUCUACUACACGGCCGCCAAAGAGAUCGUCUACUUCGUCGCCGGCGUGGGAGUUGUGUACAACGCACGCGAACACAAGCAGAAAUUCUACUUGGGACACAACGAUGACAUAAUCAGUUUGGCGCUGCACCCUGAGCGUGUGCUGGUGGCUACAGGGCAGGUGGGGAAGGAUCCGUACGUGUGUGUGUGGGACUCCUACACCGUGCAGACCGUCUCCAUCCUCAAGGACCAGCACUCACACGGCAUCGCAUGCCUCGCAUUCGACCUCGACGGACAGUGUCUGGUGUCAGUUGGGCUGGACUCUAAAAACACCAUCUGUGUUUGGGACUGGAGGAGAGGGAAGGUGCUGGCUGCUGCUCCAGGCCACACAGACAGGAUCUUUGACAUCUCCUGGGACCUGUACCAGCCCAACAAGCUCGUCAGCUGUGGAGUCAAACACAUCAAGUUCUGGACUCUGUGUGGGAACGCGUUGACCCCGAGGCGGGGGGUGUUCGGUAAGGCGGGGGAGCUGCAGACCAUCUUGUGUCUGGCGUGUGCGCGUGACGAGCUCACCUACUCAGGGACCCUCAACGGAGACAUCUACGUGUGGAAGACCAUCAGCCUGCUCCGCACCAUCCAGGCCGCACACGGGUCGGGGAUCUUCAGUAUGAACGCGUGUGAGGAGGGCUUUGCCACUGGGGGCCGUGACGGCUGCGUUCGCCUCUGGGACCUCAGCUUCAAGCCCAUCACUGUCAUCGACCUCCGAGAGACUGACCAGGGAUACAAAGGGCUGUCGGUGCGCAGUGUGUGUUGGCGUGGCGACCACAUCCUGGUGGGUACGCAGGACAGUGAGAUCUUCGAGGUGGUGGUGCACGAGCGCUCCAAGCCCUUCCUCAUCAUGCAGGGCCACUGCGAAGGAGAACUCUGGGCCCUCGCCAUCCACCCCACCAAGCCCCUCGCCAUGACCGGCAGCGACGACCGCUCCGUCAGGAUAUGGAGUCUGGUAGAUCAUGCUCUGAUAGCGCGCUGUAAUAUGGAGGAGCCCAUUCGCUGUGCAGCAGUCAGCACUGACGGCAUCCACCUGGCCCUGGGGAUGAAGGACGGAUCCUUCACUGUUCUACGCGUACGGGACAUGACAGAGGUGGUGCACGUUAAGGACCGUAAGGAGGCUGUGCAGGAGCUGAAGUACUCACCUGACGGGGCGUACCUGGCCGUGGGGUCCAAUGAGAACGCUGUGGACGUGUACGGGGUGGUGCAGCGCUACAAGAAGGUGGGCGAGUGUUCCGGUUCCGUCAGCUUCAUCACACACAUGGACUGGUCCACCGACAGCAAGUACCUGCAGACCAACGACGGAACCAGCAGGAGACUCUUCUACCGCAUGCCCAGCGGUAAGGAGGUGACCAAUAGGGAGGAGCUGAAGCUGGUCCAGUGGGCGUCGUGGACGUGUGUUUUGGGGUCGGAGGUCAACGGCAUCUGGCCCAAAUACUCGGAGAUCAACGACAUCAACUCAGUCGACGCCAACUUCAGCAGUCAGGUGUUGGUGACCGCCGACGACUAUGGCCUGGUCAAGCUGUUCAGAUACCCCUGCAUCCGCAAAGGGGCGAAGUGCAGGAAGUAUUUGGGCCAUUCGGCCCACAUCACUAACGCCCGCUGGUCACAUGACUACCAGUGGGUCAUCACCAUUGGUGGAGCUGACCACUCCGUGUUCCAGUGGAAGUUUGUGCCCGAGAGGAAGACCAAAGAAGCCCUGCACAUCGCGCCGCAAGAGGCGUUAGCAGACUCCAACAGUGAGGAGUCCGACUCUGACCAGUCUGAUGUUCCUGAGAUGGACUCUGAGAUUGAACAGGAAACCCAGCUAACGUAUCGCCGCCAGGUUUAUAAAGAAGAUGUUCCCCAGCUAAAGGAGCAGUGCAGAGAGAAGCACCGUGCCAUUGCCUUGAAGAAGAGGGAGAGGGCUCCAUCUAGUGGCCUCCGACUGCACUUCAUCCACGGCUACAGGGGCCAUGACUGCAGGAGUAACCUGUUCUACACACAGACGGGGGAGAUUGUGUACCAUGUGGCAGCAGUGGGCGUGGUCUAUAACCGACAGCAGAACACGCAGCGCUUCUACCUGGGACACAACGACGACAUCCUGAGUCUGGCAAUACACCCCCUCAAGGACUACGUCGCCACCGGACAGGUGGGCCGGGACUCCUGUGUACAUGUGUGGGAUGCGGAGCAGCUCAGGCCGCUAGCUGUACUGAGGGGGUUCCACCAGCAGGGGGUGUGUGCCCUGGACUUCUCAGCGGACGGUAAGCGCUUGGCCUCUGUGGGGCUGGAUGAUCAUCACACUGUUAUCCUGUGGGACUGGAGGAAAGGGGAGAAGCUUUCAGCCAUGCGGGGGAGCAAGGAGAAGAUCUUUGUUGUCAAAAUGAACCCAUAUGUGCCAGACAAGCUCAUCACAGCAGGGGUGAAGCACAUGAAGUUCUGGCACAAAGCUGGGGGCGGUAUGAUCAGUAAGAAGGGCUCUAUGGGGAAGACGGAGACGAUGCUGUGUGCUGCGUUUGGCUGGACGGAGGAUACAGUGUUUUCAGGCACCUGCUCAGGUGACAUCUGCAUUUGGAGGGACAUGUUUCUCAUGAAGACCGUCAAGGCACACGAUGGACCUGUCUUCAGCAUGCACGCCUUGGAGAAGGGUUUUGUGACGGGGGGGAAGGACGGCAUUGUGGUUCUGUGGGACGAGACUUUUGAGCGAUGCCUCAAGACCUACGCCAUCAAGAGAGCAGUCCUGGCACCAGGCUCCAAAGGGCUGCUGCUGGAGGACAACCCGUCCAUCCGGGCCAUCUCGCUGGGCCACGGACACAUCCUGGUGGGCACCAAGAACGGAGAGAUCCUGGAGGUGGACAAGGGAGGGCCCAUCACGCUCCUGGUGCAGGGCCACAUGGAGCGUGAGGUCUGGGGUCUGGCCGCCCACCCCCACCUGCCCCUCUGUGCGUCCGUCAGCGACGACAAAACACUCCGCAUCUGGGACCUGUCGCCCAGCCACUGCAUGCUCGCUGUGCGCAAGCUCAAGAAGGGGGGGCGAUGCUGCUGCUUCUCUCCUGAUGGGAAGGCUCUGGCGGUGGGGCUGAGCGACGGCAGCUUCCUCAUCGUCAACGGCGACACGCUGGAGGACCUCGUCUCCUUCCACCACCGCAAGGACCUCAUCACCGACAUCCGCUUCUCCCCAGGUGUAGGAAAGUACCUGGCGGUUGCAUCAGCUGACAGCUUUGUGGACAUUUACAAUGUGAUGAGCAGCAAGCGGGUGGGAGUGUGUAAGGGCUCCCUGAACUACAUCACUCACCUGGACUGGGACCGGAGGGGGAAACUGCUGCAGGUCAACACAGCCGCUAAAGAGCAGUUUUUCUUUGAGGCUCCGCGUGGGAAGAAGCAGACCAUUCCUCCCUCAGAGGUUGAAAAGAUGGAGUGGAGCUCGUGGACGUGCGUCCUCGGAGUGUCUGUUGAGGGCAUCUGGCCGGUCAUCAGUGAUGUCACUGAGGUGACGUCUGCCUGCCUUAGUGCUGAUGGGAAGUUUCUGGCCACUGGAGAUGACCUGGGCUACAUCAAGCUCUUCAGGUACCCCGUCAAGGGUAAAUAUGCCAAGUUUAAGCUGUACGUGGCACACAGCAGUCAUGUGACCAAUGUGCGCUGGAGUCAUGACGACGCGCUGCUCGUGUCAGUGGGCGGAGCCGACACCUGCCUCAUGGUGUGGAGUCACGAGGAGCAGGGUUGCCGGGAGACCAGACAAGGCGACAGUGAAGAGUCCGACAUCGACAGCGAAGAUGAUGGAGGCUAUGACAGUGAUGUGACUAGGGAGAAUGAGAUGACGUACGUCAUUAAGGCCUUAUCCACCAACAUCAGACCCAUGACUGGAGUCAAACCACCCCUACAGAACAAGGAGCAGUGUGUAGACGAGAGGCAGGGUGUGGUCAGAGGGUCCAGACCUCCUGUGAGUCGAGCGCUCCCCCUGCCUGACAAAUUGCAAACCAACAACGUGGGCAAGAAAAAACGGGCAAUAGAGGACCUUGUGCUGGAGCUGGUAUUUGGUUACCGUGGUAAUGACUGUCGCAACAAUGUGCACUACCUAAACGACGGGGCUGAUAUAAUUUACCACACGGCAUCUGUGGGCAUCGUACUCAACCUGACCACCGCUUGCCAGAGCUUCUACACAGAACACAGUGAUGACAUUCUCUGUUUGACCAUCAAUCAACACCCCAAGUUCCCCAAUGUGGUGGCCACCGGCCAAGUAGGUGACACUGGGGACAUGUCAGCGACGUCUCCGUGUGUCCACGUGUGGGAUGCCGUGUCCAAGCAGACGCUGUCGGUGCUGCGCUGUGCUCAUGCGCGAGGAGUGUGUGCCGUCAGCUUCAGUGCCACCGGGAAACUGCUGCUCUCCACCGGCCUCGACACACUGCACACACUCACUAUCUGGAAGUGGCAGGAAGGUUGCCAGGUGGCGAGCGGUGCAGGCCACGCCCAGCGGAUCUUUGUGGCCGAGUUCCGUCCGGACUCAGACACGCAGUUUGUGUCGGUGGGCGUGAAGCACGUGCGCUUCUGGACUCUGGCAGGGAGGGCGCUGUUGAGCAGGAAGGGCGUGCUGAGCGCCAUUGAGGAUGCGCGCAUGCAGACCAUGCUGUCCGUCGCCUUUGGAGCGAAUAGCUUGACGUUCACAGGUAGCAUCAGCGGGGACGUGUGUGUGUGGAGGGAGCACAUGCUGGUGCGCAUCGUGGCCAAGGCCCACAGCGGCCCCGUCUUCACCAUGUACACCACCCUCAAGGAUGGACUCAUCGUCACCGGGGGCAAGGAGAGACCGUCCAAAGAAGGUGGUGCUCUGAAGUUGUGGGAUCAGGAGCUUAAACGCUGCAGAGCUUUUCGAUUGGAGACCGGACAGAUUAUAGACUGUGUCCGCUCAGUCUGCAGGGGAAAGGGUAAGAUCCUGGUGGGGACGCGUAAUGCGGAGAUCAUCGAGGUGGGGGAGAAGAACGCGGCGUGUAACAUCCUGGUGAACGGGCACAUGGACGGCCCCAUCUGGGGUCUGGGGACACACCCCUCACGAGAGCUCUUCCUGUCUGCCGCAGAGGACGGCACCGUACGCCUGUGGGACAUACCGGAGAGGAAAAUGCUGAAUAAGGUGAAUCUGGGCCAUGCGGUGCGUACGGUGAGCUACAGCCCGGAGGGCGACAUGGUGGCCAUCGGCAUGAAGAACGGAGAGUUCAUCAUCCUGCUCGUCUCCUCACUCAAGAUCUGGGGCAAGAAGAGAGACCGCCGCUCUACCAUACAAGACAUCAGGUUCAGUCCAGACUCACACUACUUGGCGGUGGGCAGCAGUGAGCGGGCGGUGGACGUGUAUGACCUGCGUCUGGGGCCGCAGCUGACCCGGGUCAACUCCUGCCGCGACGUGCACAGCUUCGUGCUCAGCAUGGACUUCUCUGCAGACAGCGCCUACCUGCAGCUGGCCACGGGGGCGUAUAAGCGUCUGGUGUACGAGGUGCCGUCAGGGAGACAGGUGACCGAGACCGCACUCAUCGACAGGAUCACCUGGGCAACCUGGACCAGUGUGCUGGGGGACGAGGUGCAGGGCAUCUGGUCUCGGAAUGCUGAGAAAGCUGAUGUCACGUGCGCAUGCGUCUCCCACUCCGGACUCAACGUGGUUACCGGGGACGACUUCGGAAUGGUCAAGCUCUUCGACUUCCCAUGUCCAGAUAAGUUUGCCAAACACAAGCGCUUCCUGGGUCACUCCGCCCAUGUGACCAACAUCCGCUUCACCAGCGGAGACCGCUACGUCAUCAGCGCUGGAGGAGACGACCGCAGCCUGUUUGUGUGGAAGUGCGUCCACACACCCCACUGAACUACACACACACACACACACACCCCACUGAACUACAGGCAAACACACACACACACACACCUAACUGAACUACAGACACACACACACACACACCCCACUGAACUACAGGCAAACACACACACACACACACCACUGAACUACAGGCAAACACACACACACACACUACCCUCUAAUCAGGAAUGUAACCAUGAUCCAUCUGAGAGGUCACACCCACUGGAUGAUGGCAGGCACCAAUCCUCCCUUUAAAUGCACAACACACACACACACACACGCACAACACACACACUUCCUCUCUUAUAUAUAUAUAUAUAUAUAUUAUUUUUUUUGGGGGGGGGGGGGGUUGCCUUUAUUUGG